CCCGUCGAGAUUGAAGAAGAAGUCUGCCGAGGGAUGGAUGUGUUGACUGUGUCACGAUAAAGAAUAAAUACCGGUUGCACAAUGGCCUCGUCCCUCGCCGCGCAGCUGUCGCAAGUCGCGGCAAACUCUACGAAUCAGUUGAACCUCAAGGCUCAGAGGCUAGCGCAUGCGAAAUCCUUGAUAUUUGACACGAAAGUUGCUGGCUCGCAGGACUUUGAAACGGUCUACCAGAUAUGCUAUGAAGGUUUCACCGAAAUAUGUCAGCUGGACCCUCGGUUCGCGCCGUUCGAGCGCACGAUUUUCAGCGAGCAGAGCAAGGCCGAGGACCGGACGGAAAUGAACGCUGCCCAGAAUAAAGAGCUUGACUCGGUUCUGGAGGCAUUUUUGACGUUGGUCGGGGGAAGGCUUUUGCUGAGCCCUGCGGUCAAAGCCGUGGAGUGGCUUGUCAGGCGCUUCAGGAUUCAUGAAUAUAACACGGCAUUCACCAUCCUCACUUUCCUACCUUACCACACCACGCCCUUGUUCUUAAAUUUGCUGUCGAUCCUACCGGAGGACUUGACGCCCACCUUCAAGAUCCUGUACCCGUAUAAAAGCGGCGCCGUCAAUCCCCCUCGCCAUCCCCUCGUGCACAGCGCGACGACAAACAAGCCGUUCUUUACCGCCCUGAACAGUUAUGUUCUCCAGGCUGGCCGACAAGAUGCCGGUCAUCACGCGCUUCUGACGUUCUGGGCCGGGAUCGCCACGGAGGCUGUUGCUGGGAUGUUGGACGCAGGACGUGCGGGUCGGCGGGCAGAGGAGAAGGAAAAGCACGACGACGUUGUCCUUCAGGUGCUUCCUGUCAUCAGUGAUGGAUUGGCUAUGAAGGGAGUCUCGGAGCUUGUGAUUGGCUGUUAUAUGCUUUGCGUCGUUCUAGCCCAGAAAGCUGCACUCCAGGACAACGUGCUCGAUAGCUUAAUGGAGGCCAUCGCGGGUUCUUGGACGGACGAAACGCUAAACUCGGGCCUCAUUUGUCUUUCGGUGUUAGCGCAGCGGAAGCCCGACACAAACCUUCCUAAGCGGGCUUUCAGGGCAAUCCUUCGACUGGAGAACCCUAUUCAAAAGCUUGCCGAGAUCUCAGGCCAGUACAAGACAUCUAACCUUCUCCUGGGUCUGGUGUCUGGGUGCGUUGGAGACCUUCACAAGCAGAAGGAUACCACGCGUCUUGAUAUGCUUUCGCUUAUGUUCGAGACUCAGCUUUUGGGAGAGGCCGAUGUGGGCCCUGCCAUGGCCCUGGUCCUCCAUGCGGUCACCACUGCUAACAAGGACGGCGGAAUACCUCUGCAAUUCCAAACACACCUUGCCGAGCUAGUCCAGGACUUCAGCCGAUCCGAAACUCUUGGCCCUAUCUUCCAGAAAACCAUCGAGGAGCGCUCUAUUGAUGUCACAAACCUGGAGCAUAGCCUACAGACUGUGAUUGAGGCCGUGCCCACGACCCAAGCCGUGAAGGAUGUCGAGAUGGACGAUGCAGACAAGGAAGAGGAGCAGGAAGAUCUCACGCCAUUUUUGGUGUCGUUGCAGAAAGAGAGCCUAUUCAAGGACUCUUUCCUCGGCGUACAAUCCAGUCCUGUAUUUGAUCGUCUUGUUCAAACCUUCGCGCUUGCUGUCGGUUCGCAAGAGAAUUUGGACUCCUUCACCGGCUUGCCGAUCCUUGGAAAGACGAAUGCUACCAAGUCUCCGCAAUAUCUGUCGUUCUUUACCAGGGUCUUCUCUGGCCCUUUUCCCACCGGAAUCCGGGCCAGUGCUCUCAGCCUCGUCUCCUCAGUGCUUUCCACUUCCGCCGCCGUCGAUUACCAGGGUCUCCUCCCUUUUCUGCUGGUCGCCUUGACGGACUCCUCGGAGAGAAUCCGUCGCGAAGCGACAGGUGCCCUGCUCGCUGUGGCGGAGCUGUACGCGAAAAUCAAAGGUGACGGAAAGGAUGACAUCUGGGCCCGGGAUUCGCUCUACGGUCAAGGAAAAUCCUCCAAAAGCGUCCAGUGGCUUUCGAACCGCGAUGCACAGAAACUUUUUGAGCGCGCUUUGAUCCCCGGACUGGAAGAGUAUGUCCUUGAUGCGGCUCACAUCGGGCAGGUUUUGGAGGCUACGCUCCGCGGUACUACCGCUGAUUCCGGAGCGUCUGAGCUCAAAAAGCCUCUGCGGUUGAGUGUUUUCAGUUUCCUCUGUUCCCACAUCGUGCAUAUGCCGCUGUUCGCACCCAAAUUGGUGUUGCUGAAGCUUGUUAACGGCAUUGACAAGGCGGGCGGCGCCACUCGCACGAAGGAACUCGAACCUCUGUUGAAGACGUGGAAGGAGAUGAGCGAACAGCGGGUCCAGGAGGCCUGUGAUAAGGAACGCGUACCCGUGCCGGAAAUGGAGAACCAAAUCGUUUCGACCGUUACGCCCAAGGAAAAGGAUGCGAUUGCUAUCCUCUUGUCCACUAUCAGCCCGUACUCCGAUUCGCUGCGUCCUUCGUUUGCCAGUGCCGUCUUCGACCGCAUGAGGGGCAUCUGGACCAACGUUGCAGAGGACCGACGGGUCGUCUCUGCAGAGAAGCUCUUCGAUAUCUCGAUCGGCUCCGAUUCGCCGCUUGCCAGUGGAUGCAGGGAUGUUCUUAGAGCCGUUGAGCUUCCUGGCGCCGUGCUUCUGCACUUCCUCCUGAAAAUCCCCGCUUCUGUUACGGAUAUUGAGGGUCUGGGUCCGGCCCCCAAGAGAAGACGCACCAGUCAGAACAACAUGGUGGCAAUGACCGUCAAGGACGAGGCCAAGCUCAGCCAGCUCAUGGAGCAGAUGACGUUCAUUCUGGAACUGGUGGACGGGUCUUCCCCCGAGACUCACCCGGAAUUGGCCGAUGGCUUGUUCCAAGUUCUGGCCGCCCUCCAUCACUUCAAGGCGCAGGUCCAGUCGGGCAUGAGCUACCUGCUCAGCUUGGCCCUGGGCAGCCUCCUGGCCAUCGUCAAUAGAUCCAAGGCUACUGCAAAGGCGCAGUUUGACACCUCGGUCAUUCGUGCGGACUUGGUUGUGGACUGUGUGCGCACCACGGAGAGCCCUCAAGUGCAAAAUGCAGCUCUACUCCUUGUUGCUGGCCUGUCUGUUAUUGCGCCCGAGUUGGUGCUCCACAGCGUCAUGCCAAUCUUCACGUUCAUGGGAUCCAGUGUUUUGAGAAAGGAUGACGAGUACUCGGUUUCUGUGAUCGACCAGACCAUUGACCAAGUUGUUCCCGCGCUCAUCCAGUCCCUACGUAACCAGAAACGGGACGUCGUCUCUGGAACGUCGGAACUGCUGCUUAGCUUUACGGCUGCAUUCGAGCACAUUCCAUCUCACCGCCGUCUGCGACUCUUCCAUGCGCUCAUCACCAAGCUUGGAACUCAAGAUUUCCUGUUCGCGGUUCUUGCCAUGCUCGCCAACAGGUACUCUAUGGACAAGGAUGUUCUUAUCUUGAUGUCCGGCUUGGCCUCCGACGCGAGCGCUCCGAUUGAAUUGAGCACCUACAGCAAGUAUCUCGGACUGGUCAGCGAUUCCCUCAAGCCCAAGCCGGGCAUUUCCAACGUCCUUCUCGGAAUUGGCAGCGAUGACGGCCGUGAACCCCAGAAGGUCGCCGUUGACCUGCUCCGCGCGCUGGCUUAUCUUCUCAGACAUUCUUCCCUGAAGUCGAAGAUGAACAAGGCGUUCGCUGCAGAGGGCGAUGCCACCACCCAAAUCCGGACCCUGUUCUCCCAGAUCUUGGAGCAAAUCCUGUCCAUCGGGGACGUCACCCAGAACAACAUGAAGUCCGUCAGCCAGGCGAGUGGUGAGGUCCUCAGCGCGCUAUUCGGCACCUUGUCGGCUGUGGACUUCCUCGACACUAUCGAAGUGCUGCUCCAACGACCCAGUGAUGAGCUCCGCCGGAAGGUUUUCCGACUUCUCGAAGGCCGUCUGCGCCAGAACCCCGAGCGCGACGGCGCAUCGCAGGUCAGGAUGCUGGACUUCUUGCCCACCCUGGUCAGUGUCGUCGAGUCAUCGCCUGACAUUCUCCUCAAGCACGCUGCGGUGGCUUGUAUCGACCGGAUUGCCGAACAGUACGGCAAGAAGGACCCGUCCAAGGUCAUCCGUGCCGCCCAGGUUAUCGCCAGCGAUUCUUGCAUCGGCCAAGAGGACGACCGCAUUCGCGUUAUGGGUGUGCUGUGCCUGGCCUCGAUGGCCGAGGUCUUGGGUCAGUCCAUGAUCCCGGCGCUCCCCGAGGCACUCCGUCGUUCGUUGGCGUUGUUGGAGCUUAGCCUGGAGGAGGGCAAGACGAACUCCCGACUGCACGACGCCGUUUACUCGUGGUUCUCUGCGCUGUUUGUCCAUCUCCCGUACAUGGUUUCUUCGGGAUACCUUGAUAAGCUGCUCAUCCUGUCCUUCAAGUCUGCCAACUCCGAAGGAAACGAGGACGAGAGCCGACAAGAGGCUCUGCAACUCAUGGCCCGGAAGGCUGAUCUGGCUGCUACUCUGGGAGCAGUGGACCGCAACUGGCAACACGCCGUGGCUGCGGGCCCCACCGCCACGAAGGAGACUCUGGAGAUUGUCAGCCUGGCGAUCGAGAAGCACCCCAAGUCCGCGACCGCGCAGAACCUGACCGCUCUGACGAACUUGCUCUUCAAGGUGUUUGAUCUGCGCCGUGAGCAGGUAUCGCUGGGAGCCAAGGCGACGUUGGAUACCUCUGAUCUGGAUGAGGUCGAGGAGACGCUCAACGAAGUCAUGAUUAAGAUGAUCUACAAGUUGAACGACACCGCCUUCCGCCCCAUCUUCACCAAGCUCCUGGAGUGGGCCACCACCGGUCUCACGAAGAAGGAAACCCAGGGUAACCUGUCUCGACUGACGACGUUCUACAAGUUCCUGCAGACGUUCUUCGGCACUCUCCAGUCCAUCGUCACCGGCUACGCGAGCUACAUCAUCGAGAGCGUCGUCGCAGUCCUCCGCAAAGCGAACCCCAGCGACCCCAACAGCAAACCCCUCUGGCUCGCCACGAUGCGCAUGCUGCAGAAGGCAUUCGAGCACGACCAAGAUGAAUUUUGGCAAUCCCCAUCGCACCUGAGCGCGAUCUCGCAACCGCUCAUCUCCCAGCUCGGCCAAGCCAAGACCUCCGCCACCGCAGCGCUAGUCAUCGCCGAGACCGUCCCGGCCAUCACGGAGCUCGCCGUGGCAGCCGACUCAACCGACAACCACAAGGAGCUGAACACCAUCCUGAUGCAGUACCUGCGGCCGUCCGCCGGACCGACCGGCAAGGCGGCAGGCGGCGAGAACCCUUACACGCGACUUGCAGCCCUCAAGGCGGAACAGUCGCUCACGGAGCAGCUGGGCGAGGAGUGGCUUGCUCUGUUGCCUGAGAUGCUGCCUUAUAUUAGCGAGCUGAUGGAGGAUGAGGAUGAGAGUGUGGAGCGCGAGGUGCGCAGAUGGGUGAAGAUGAUUGAGGAUGUGUUGGGCGAGCGGUUGGAUGAUAUGUUGACGUGAUUUUGAAAUACUUUUCUUUCUUUUUAUUUAUUGAAGUUUACGCACUUGGGAUGGCGUUUGUUUGUCUGUAUAAAAGUCGAUAAUAGAUGUAUACACAUUAUUGC